UUUACGACUUUUUAAUUCCUUGAAUAUCACUUCACCGAUCUUAUUAAUUGAUUUUCUAUCUGCGAAUCACUUUAUCAUUUCUUCUUUUCUUUUCUUUUAUAUUUUGCCUUCCACAAAGGUAAAGUAAAGUGUCUAUUAAAAAAGCAUUAUUCCCACCUACACUGGGGUCUCCGGUACACAUUGAAACAAACCCAACCUUUGACGACAAUUUCGUCAGCCGCUGCUUUGGUUCAACUCCCUAUAAAGCAUUGUCGUUAACGCAUCUCACCAUCUUGAUCAAUUCCUAUUCACUCAUCAAGGAUCCAAUCUUUCUCUCCUUGACAUCCUUUUUUUCUGCUAUCAACCUAAGGAAGAAGCAUCUGAUAGAGAUGCUGAAUAUGGGUCUUCUUUCUCUGUAUUUCCUCUUUCUUUUGCUUUCCAUUUCGAGUGGUGAGAUCUCAAGUCAAGUGGGAAUAAACUACGGUCAACUUGGGGACAAUCUACCAUCUCCAAAACAAUCAGUUAAGCUAAUCCAAUCCCUCGGAGCCAAACGUGUCAAAAUCUACGAUGCAAAUCCCGACAUUCUUAAUGCUCUCAAAGACACAGAUCUCCAGGUCUCGAUCAUGGUUCCAAACGAGAUCAUAACCAAUAUCUCCACCAAUCAAAAGCUAGCUGAUUCUUGGGUCGAAUCCAACGUCGUCCCUUUUUACUCCAAAACCAAAAUCCGAUAUCUCCUCGUUGGCAACGAAGUCAUUAGCAGUUCCCCUAAAGAAAUCUGGUACAACAUCGUACCAGCCAUGCGAAAAAUAAAAAAUUCCUUAAAAACCUAUGGCCUCAACAAAAUCGAAGUCGGUACCUCAAUGGCAAUGGAUGUCCUGGAAUCGUCAUUUCCACCUUCAAACGGUACGUUCCGAUCUGAUAUCGCCGAUCCGAUUGUUAAACCGAUGUUACAGUUUCUAAACCGGACCAAAUCUUUCUAUUUCCUCGAUGUUUACCCUUAUUUCCCUUGGUCCAUGGACCCCAAAAACAUUAAUCUCGAUUAUGCCCUUUUCGAAUCCCGAACCAUAAAAUACACCGACCCGGUAUCCAAUUUAACCUACACUAAUUUGUUUGACCAGAUGGUUGACUCGGUUGUUUUCGCAAUGAAAAAACUCGGGCACCCCGAUGUUCGGAUCUGGAUUGCCGAAACUGGUUGGCCCAAUGUCGGCGAUAUCGACCAAAUCGGAGCCAACAUUUACAAUGCCGCUACUUACAACCGAAAUGUUAUCAAGAAACUAACCGCCAAGCCCGCGAUAGGCACGCCGGCGAGACCCGGAUGGGUUCUCCCCUCUUUCAUAUUUGCUCUCUAUAAUGAGAACCAGAAACCGGGUCCGGGAACUGAGCGGCAUUUCGGGUUGCUAUAUCCUAACGGGUCAAAUGUAUACGGGAUCGAUUUGAGUGGGGAGACUCCGGAUUCGGAUUUCGAGCCUUUGCCGAAGCCAGAUAAUAAUGAGCCGUAUAAGGGGAAGAUUUGGUGCGUGGCGGCUCGAGGAGUUAAUGCGAGUGAGCUGGGUUCGGCAUUAUCGUACGCAUGUUCGCAGGGGAACAAGACUUGUGACCCGAUUCAACCAGGAAAGGAAUGCUUCAAACCGGAUUCAUUGGCUUGGCACGCGAGUUACGCAUUUAGUUCUUAUUGGUCGCAGCUCAAAACGGCUGGGGCGACUUGUUAUUUCAACGGCUUGGCUACUCAGACGGCUAAGAAUCCAAGUUUUGGACACUGUAAGUUUCCAAGUGUGACGCUUUGAUUUGGGUCCCUUUUUUAUUCAUUUGUGUUGAAGAGGGAGUAAGAUACUUAAAAAUAAUAAGAUAGUAAUUUGUUUUGGCCUGUCCCUCUGGGAAGGCACACACACCUCUCUAGUUUAAUCCUGAUUUUGUCUUUUUAUUUUUUGGCCAAUCCUGAUUUUGUCUUUUGCAAUUUCCAGGAGAUUGGAUAAUUUCAGGUUUAGUAAAAUGGGCACUCAAAAUCACUUCUAGUUGCUAAUCAUUCUCAUUUGUUAAUGUUAGCUUUGGUCAAUGUAGUUCUUCAUUACUAAUAUUUAUUGAAAUUUAUUGUUUGCUGUUCUCUAUUAAUUUAUAUAUAAGGAAGCAUCAUUUCAACAACGGCUAAUUGCCUUUGUAUUCGGUUGGUGUGGCUCUUUAUUUUUGAGAGAUGACAUGGGUCCUGUUGCCAACGGAUAGAUAACGAGGGCUUAAUUACGAGGAUUGCUACAUCUUUCAAACCUUUAGCUUGUUGGCACCUCUUUUUCCUACAGAAACUGGUCGUAGGUAGCAGUGGUGCUGGAUUGUUGGGGCCAGCUAUGCCUGUAAUUCUCUUUAUGAAAGUUGCUCAGCUUGGAUUCCCAGUCAUGAGUCAUCCUCAUCCCACUCUCAGCAGUCACACCACUCUGACAAUUAAUUUAUGGA